AUGAGUAUGAAAAUUGUUUAUCUUACUCAUCAGUUGUCUUUGUCAUACCCCAAACCUCUUCAUUUGAGUAAUCCAAAUCAAAUUGAAGAUGUUUUCUGCUUGUGCUCGAAGCCAGACAAUGGAGACAUAAUGAUAAGUUGCGACUCUUGUUUUGCGUGGUAUCACUUUAACUGUUUGAAUAUUCAUUCCAAUUUAAAAAGCUUGAUUUUCAAGUUUAACUGUCCUUAUUGUGUUUUAGAAGAUGCGCUGAAAGACCCAUUAAUGUUUUACAAGAAGUGUUUGCUUGAAAAAUGUUUCAAUCCAAUCAAUAAAAAUUCAAAGUUUUGCUCACUCAAACAUGGUCAAACAUAUUUUGAUAUUCUUCAGAAUAUUUUUGUCUCCAGUUAUCAAUCUGGUUAUUUGGAGGACAACAGAUUUACCAAAUAUUUCGAAAAUUUGUAUUUAACAAACGAAACACCUGUGAGGAUUGACAUCAAUUCUAAAGAUAUAAAAGCUAUAAUAAACAAUAAUAAAUUGUUGGAGCUGAAACUCAAAAGUUUGUUGUUCUCGAAGUAUAAUAAUUUCUCCUCGAAUAGCAAACCAUGCAUGAUAGAAUACAAAUUUAAUCCAGAUGUCGAAAGAAAUAUCAGAUUUUGGAAAAAUGAAAUUCUUUUGAACAUUCAAGAAAUUAAUUUUUAUGAAUUAAAGCUUGAACUUUACAAAGUUCUUGUAGAUAUUAUUUCUUCCAAAUUGAAAUCUUACAAAAUAUGCGGUUAUAAUUCAAUACUUUCAACAUUGACAUUCCUGGAAUUUGCUAAAAUAGUUGUGCAGAACAAAUAUUCUUUAUUUUCGAAUUUCAAAGAUGAUGAUAUUUUCUCCGCAUCUAUUAAUUCGGCAUCCCCUUUUUUCAACAACAUAUGCGAAAAAGAGAAGAGAAAGUGUCGAAAACAUGCUUUUUGGAACAGGCUUUUCCGAGAAGAGAUUGAAACAAGAAUGGAUGAUCUUAUUGAAAGAAAUUCGGAAAUUAAACUUUAUGUAUCUAAUUGCACUUCAUAA